AUGCUGAGGACUCAAGAAGCGAGUUCGGCUGCUAUUGCUUCGGACAGCCGAAGGCCGUGGAACUGCCGGAGGGGUGAAGGGAGGCUGUUUUCCUCGUACGAGAGAUCUCAAGAACGCGCGCCGUUCACGUUUCGCGAAGUUCGUGUCGAAAAGGGGGGGAACUCGAGCGGUCGUGCGAGAACGGAAGCAACCGGGAGGAACAGGAGUCCUGCUGAGCCGCGAAUCCCGACGAGUCUAACGUGCAAGAAACUGCCUCUAGAGUCGCGAGGGGGCCUGUUGGAAGGGAGGACACUGCGACUCUGCAGUACCCUGCGGCGAAAACCGUGCAGGCCUUCGCCGUCUUCAGUCGCUCCAGGGUGCGGGGACGAGAAAGUGGAGAGAUUCCCGUUUCGGCGGAGAUCCCCUCGCCUCGAGAAGCUUCAGAAACAGCGAGAAGCUGACGAUCUUGCGGGCAGUGACGCGUCAGGGACCUCGGGGCGCGCAGCCUCCCACGCGUCGCGCGGCCUUCACCCGAGCUUAUCCAGCAAGUCUCCAGGAAGGAAAGGGACCAGGCAGAAACUGACAGGCUCCACGCGCGGCUUUCUGCGAGAUGAAACGGCCGCUGAGGGACGCACGAAAAGUGAAGCGAGCGAUGCAGCAGGUUCACGGGGGAGACCAGUGCGGCAUGAAGCAAUCGGAAGCGUCGCACACGUGGCAAACACAGGGAAGGACAGCUGUCGCGAGAAAGGGGGUAGGGGACCACAACAUGGGGAUGCCCCAACCCGAACAAAGAGUGGUGAGCGCGGGACGAGAGACAACGAAGCAACGCGACCCGGCAAGAUGGAAGAACGGGACCUCGAUCCGCUGACUCGGAGUCAUCUGGCGGAAGGAUUGCCGCCUGAAAAAUGUCGACAGGACAGUCCUCGAACGCGGACGGCCCAUAUCCCAGAACAGUCGUGUGCACCAUCUGUUCGCCCUAUCUUCUGCACGCCGACCGGGGGCCCGUUGCGAGCGUCUUUGACCUCUGACUCUCGCCGUAGCUGGGAACGGGCUACAUUUUUCUCCCGAACUCCCUUCUCCGACUGCUCUGCCUUCUCGGUUUCUCCACCUGAGCACGUUUCCCCUUCUUCCUUUCUUCCGUCAGCCGCAGGCUCUGGCGAGUCGCGCCCUGUUUCGUCUCCCCGGCCCAGUGCGUCGUCUCCCUUGGCGCGUCGGCCUUCGCUUUGCAGCGGCGUUCCCUCGUCAAAUGGCUCUUCCGAGCCUUCCAACAGACUCGCGAGUUUCCAGCGAUGUGCCGGCGGUCAGGCCUCUGCGCGAGAGUCCGUAGCGAGUCCGAGAGGUUCCUUGGUGGCUUCUUCCACGUUUUCUCGUGGGCAAGGGCCCCAAGGGUGCGUCGAUACGGCGCGUGGGCCGACAGGCUGCACGCCUUUCGAUCGCCAAGAAGUGGAUGCCUGUCAACUGGCGCCUCAGCACCUUGAACGGGGUCAUCAAGUCGGCAUCACCUCCGCGGACCCGGUCCGUUCGUCCCUCUCCAUGAGGGCCGAGACAAGCAAUGAUACGGUCGCCGAAACGGCCCUCUUCGUCUCCCAGGCCGCAGCCAGUCGCCGUUCACGGUUCAGUGACGCAGCCCGGACCCCUGUCUGGGGCGGGAGGAGUCGCCAGAGUGUCAAGAGACCGUCGCCUCAGCGGCGAGACCUCAGAGAGUCCGGAAAAAGAGAGAAGGACAAGCCGGACGAACAGGGACAAAGCAGCCUUCAGCGCAUGCGUUCCGUGAGCAGCCCUGUUGUAACCCCGGCAGGAAUGCCGAUGCCUAAAUCUUUCCACGGCUCGGGUAGUGCAUCCGUCGAUGUCGAAGAGGAGGCUGAGGACGAGCGCGAGGCGGUUGCAGGAUCACUGAGCUGUCUCCUGCCUAGGAUAGCAGAGGGGCGAGAACGCUGCGCCUCACCAAGUUCAAAACAGCGAGCGAGUAGCAAGCGGCCGAGAGAGGUUCCUGGUGGCUGUCAGGGAGGGAUGCCAGUUCUUCUCGGCCGCCUUUCUGGGCAAAACAAGGACGGAUGCGUGACACACCGUAACCGCCACAGGACACUUGACGCAGAGGAGAAAACGACGGCAGCCCAAGGGAAACAGCAGGCCGAAACCGCGUGGUGUGGGCGGGAGCAGACAGACCUGGCUGCUGAACGGGCUGCGGAAAGGCUGCAGCGGUCGACGGAGAGGCUGGAAAAGCAGGAGAGAGAGCUACGUGAGGUCGACGCCUCUGAGGUCGGGGACUCCGUUACGUUGAGGCCAGCAGAGUGGUUCUCCCGAGUCAAGAGUGCGGCAGCCGUGUCGGUAGAUGCAGACACCGGACGCGACGGGGACAGCUUGUGUCCGAGACGAGCCGGGGAGGCGCGAAGCUGGCAAGGUGCAUCGCAAGUGAGAGACGCGGAAGGGGGUGAGAGGAGGAAGACACGGGACAGAGGAAGCAGGGACCAAGGCGCCGCCAGGCCAGAAAGACACCAGCCGGAGCAGGGCUUGGCGGUGACAUCGGCUGAGCUUCUCGGCAGGCAAGCGCAUUACGCGUGGCGGGAAGAACGAAGCACGGCAUCCCGCUCGUCGUGCCCGACGCGUUCCCGACACGAAGUGCCAGAAGACGUUGAAGCGUCUUCCUCUCGGACUGUUUGUGGCUCCCCACUGCGAGGAUCCUUCGAGGAAGGCAGAGGAACGGGGACGGUUUCUAAGCGCCCUGAGGAGACUGCGCUCGCGCGAACGUCCUCGCGGCGUGAGGAUAGAUUCGCCAGCCGCCGACGUUCCACGGAAGCUUGCCACAGACGAGAAAAGUGCCUUUCUCCGGGCGGUCGGUCCCACUCCGUGAAUGAAGAAGUGCUGUCUCCCGUGUCUCGCCUCUCCUUCCAGGGCACCGACACGCAAUGCCAGCGCAGGACACUGGCGGCGAGCGAUCCUCACUGCCGCGACUCGUGUGUAGCUUCUCUGUCUUUGUGCAAAACCUGUCCGCGCCUGUCGCAGCAAGUAGGAACUGCUCGCCAUCCACAGAACCGCCCCUUUCGUAGGGCUUCCUGUGCGCUGGGACGGGGCGAGGCGAUCCGAGACCACCCUGCAGAAAGCUCGGCAUGGCCAAAGGCUUGUGGAACGGAGACGCGCGCCUUGGAACUUGGACGAACUGCGGCGAGUGGGCUGUCAGAAGCGCUAGCAAUCGGAGAGCAGGCGCCAUCGAAUCAAGCGCUUGGCGAUGCUUUCUUCCUCUACCGGAGCCCGAAGUGGCCCACGUCGGAGGAUGCACCAGAACCUGAAUCCAGGCAGGGUUGGCGUUUCUGUCGAGACCCCCGGCGACUUGCUUCCGAGGAAGCAGAGAGUUUCUUGCCGCUCGACUUGGCGUGGCGCGAAAACACUCAAGAAAAACGGGACAAAGCAAGCGGUUCAGAGGGCACGCGGAAGCUGUUAACUCGAACAGUGUCUACCCCUGGUUGGGAGUCGCGCAACCAGAGCUCUUGGGGAAGGGACGGGGCAGAUGCCGCAGGACGGGAAAAUGCGUGUCGUCGAGGCGUGGUAUCCGCGCCGGUAUGCCUAGGCUAUGAUGACCAUAGCCGUGACUUCUUUCCGUUGGCGUUUCGAAGCCAGAAAGAAACUGCGGAGGCCGGCAAAAAGAUGCGAGAGAACCAUGUCUCCCCGACGCGGAGUGAGGGGACGCAGGCAGACGGGGGCAACGGCGAGGAGUCGUCAAGUCCACAGGCGUGGCGCACGAAGCGUCCUUGCUCGUCUUCUUCGUCACCCAUCCUUCCCGACGACAGACGGAGGAGGGACUCCGACCGAGAUGAACCGGUCAAGGAGGCUCGGACGCCGAGGCCUGCCGGGCUCUUCUCUCCUCCGUCCGAGUCUUGGUCCGGCGCACGUUUACCCAGCUUCGGGACGUCAGGUGGUCCGGUUCGGCUGAACCAGUCGUCGCUGUCGGGUCGCGCUUCGGAUCCAGGUCCGCCUUCUCCGUGCCCACAUCGCGAGUCGUUGAAGGGAACGCAUCGAAAGGAAGUCGACGGAAACGAGUCGGGCAUGAAGAGCUCGGCUUCCGCCUGUGCCGACGGUUCCUCGACUUCAUCAGUGGAGGAGGCAGCACCUUCGCACGUGAGAGACAGCGCAGCCUGGCGGCAGGUCGAAAGCAUUCGAAGGAGAGCUUCGCUGCCGGUGAACCAUCGUGCAAGCGGUUCUGCCGCGCUCCCCUGUUCAUGCGUUCGCGUCCUGAGCCCGUACAGUCCCAGCAGUCGGCACUCUGACGGCGAAUCUGUCGCUGGGGUGCGGCGGGCGGGAGCCGAGGGUCGAGCACCGCCGCGACGGAGCGAGGACCAAAGCUCAACAGACCGGGGUGACCCGGCGAGUGCUUGGGCCGGAAAGGAAAGAGUGCAUCAGAGAGAUCAGCUGGGCCGUUUUGACUCGAAAGCAUCUCAAAAAGGAAAAAGAGAGCAGGUUUCUGCAGGGCUCGACGCGCGAGAAACGCCAAGAGAAUGGGGGAAAGCUCUUACACAAGACGGGGGCUUCCUCAGGAGCCCCACAUUGAGUGCUCCUCUGCCGCCUCGUCGCACCCCGUCCUUCGACGGAGGUCGAUGUUUCACAGUGUCACCUGUGCAAAAACCGGCGACGAAACAUUCAGAGAAUGGACAGAGUCAAGGGCGAGGCGUGCCUGGCCCCUCGGGCAAAUCUGUUUCUGGCAGCAGGCAUGCAUGCUGCAUGAAAGAAGAGAGAAAGAACGUUUCGGCGAGCAGCCCUUCUUGGAUGCGUUCCUCUUCUCUUCGGAGCUGCCAGUCGGCGCACGUUCGUGAGGGAACUGACGCUUCGGACCACGAUGGGUUUUGUGGAGAGAAGGCAGACCGUGCUCUGUCUUUCUCGUCAGAGGAAGACCUCCAAACCCAGUCUGUCGAGUCGGAAGUGUGCCGGUGGACAUGGAGAGCAGAAAAACGGACGGACACUCUCUGCAGGGAAGGCCAGCUCGAUGGCAGUACGGGUGGUUCGCCUUCCCCCAUUCCUCCGUGUCGCGAAAACGGAGAACUCUCUAACCGGUCGAGACUGCGUUGUGAGACGCAUCUGGAUGGUCCAGGGGAAGCAAGAGAAGAUUCCAAUCCGGCGAAAGAGGCUUGGGUACCAGAGUUACGUCGCUCCUCGAAGGUGCACGGGAGACUCGAAAUGGACAGCAGUGGAAGCGCGGGGCGCAGGGAGGGCGUUUUCGGCGGGCGGCAGUCGACGGAUGGUUUGUCAAACGGAGAGUCGCGUGUGCCGAAGAAGGGAGGGCAGAACGAAUCACUCCCGAUGGAAACCAAGGAAGAGGCGUCGUUUCGUCGCUCCCAGGUGAUUUCCCGCCCGUCUUCGGGCCUUUCCGUAGCCAGGGGGCCCAACGGCUUCACGGAGCUUGACACAAGUCGUGAAACCCCAGAGGCGACUGCCAGGUGUUCUUUCGGCGACUCGUCCAGCCUCGUUCGCAGAAUUGUCUGGGAAGUGCGCCCCGGUCGGCCAAUAUGCCGGUGCCCAGUCGCACCUUUUUCAGGGACAAGGGCGUCCGCAGAGACAGCUUUUGCGUCUCGUGCUGGUUCACGAACCUCGAGCGGAAGCGCGGUUUCUGGAGGUUUUCCCUCCUUUAUCGCAGACAAGAAGCGAACCGAGAGUGCGGGUGGUUCGGUGAGACUGCAGAAGGGCACUGGUGCGAGGCUAUAUGUGGAGCUUCUACCAUGUGGUGUUUGCGGCGGUCUUCCUGAAGCUCAGAUUGUCAAUUAA